CUGGAGCUAGCAUAAUUUGUGCGUAUAUAAACUGACAGUUUAUAAAACAAAAUAAUCGGAAACUAAAUAUUUAUUAAUAUCGUUAUAUACGUUUUCUUUUUUUAAAUAUUAUUUUUCUUUUUUAAAUUACUUUGCAUUUGCAGAAUUUGUGCUGGUCUGAUUCUGAAUCCGGCUGUUUGACAACCCGAAAGACAGCAGACUGAGUAGUCUGAGUAGAUGGUGGAAUGAAAUUUGGGACAUUGUGGGGAAGUACGACGUGUAUUCUUUCUAGGAAUCUGACGUUUUUCUUGUUCAUUGUAACUAAAUCUGGAAUGGCUUGGCGUUCAAGUGGCAUUAACAAUGCGAACUUGGUUGAUAAUUUACAAAGAAAUGGUAUUAUAAAAACGCCCCGAAUUGCUCAAGUUUUGAAGACUGUGGACCGAGCCAACUUCUGCCAGUUUAAUCCAUACAAUGAUUCACCACAGAGUAUUGGCUACCAUGUGACAAUAAGUGCCCCACAUAUGCAUGCCCAUGCCUUGGAAUUAUUGGCUGAACAGUUAAAGGAAGGAAACCGAGCACUCGAUGUUGGCUCAGGAAGUGGAUACCUUACAGCAUGUAUGGCACUGUUGCUUGGAGACAGUGGACUGGCUGUGGGUAUAGAUCACAUUGAUGAGCUCAUAUCUGAAUCUGUUAGGAAUGUCAACCGAGAUCCUGCAACUAAGGAUCUUUUAAAAAAGGGAAACUUAAAGCUGGUUGUAGGGGAUGGUCGCCUGGGUUACGAUAUUGAGGCACCCUAUGAUGCGAUACAUGUUGGGGCUGCAGCACCAGUUUUACCAGAAGAUUUAAUUAAACAACUGAAACCUGGUGGUCGACUUAUUAUCCCAGUGGGUCCUCAGGGCGAGAGUCAGAAACUGAUACAGAUAGACAAGACUCUGGAUGGACAAGUCAUCAGGAAGAAUCUGAUGGGGGUCAUCUAUGUACCACUGACCAGCAAGGACAAGCAGUGGCCAAGGUAGGUUUGAACAGUGCUCUCUUUCCUAGUCAAGAUUUAGUCUGAGAUCAAAGGCAGAGUUUUGAAGCCACUGAACUCGGUAAUGUGGAUCUGAAUUGGUAUCCCUGUUGAUAAAGAGGAUUAGUUGGCAUCAAGUGCACAUGACAUGAAAUAAAACACUGUAUUAACUAAACAGUGUACCUACCAUAUGUUCAAAACAGAUUGAUGGUUUUGAAAUUGUUUUAUUUUGAUUCAAAUGAAAUGUGUUUAAUUUUUUAACAAUUAUACUUUGUUAUAGCUUGUAUAAACUGAAAAUAAGUAUUUUUAUUCUAUAACAUUGCAUUUAGUGUUACAAUGGGUGACAGUAAGGAUUUUGUCAAGACGUAACCACAUUGAUGCAUCAUUUGUUAAAGAUAUAUCCAAACCUACUGGGUUAUCUUCCGGUGUUACAUCUCAGUCAGGCAUUGGGUGUGUGAUAGGAUCCUACUUAUGUGUGAAUGCAUUUUAUUGGUCAGAAAGCACAAGUGUCCAUGUGAUAGAAAGCAUCUCCAGAUUCUGUUGGUCAGAGCUAGUUAAGUGAAAUUACAAGGAUUCUUUUCAGUGGAUAAACUUAAUAGAAAGAUUGCCAUCAUAUACUUUUAAUUUGAGAGAUGUUUAUACAUUUUCCUUUUGUAUAAAGGUUGCAUAGAGUGUUACGCAAAGAAAUUCAUGUCAUUCCCCAGUGGCUACAAGAGAAUAUAGUUUUAAGUAAAUGUUCUUUGUGUUACGGCUGUUCUAGCUGGCAUUAACCGGCAAGCUGCAUUGCCUGUUUAGUGCUAUUGAAUUAUUUUGAUGUAUCUUUUAAAUGAUUCAGUUGGUCUGAAUUUUUAAUUAUCUGUAAUCUUCAGGAUUUCCAUUAGCUCUAGAAAACAUGUUAAGAAACAGAAAGAAAGAAGAAAUUGUCACAAAAAGAUACUUUAUAAAAGUGGACUACCAGAGAAAUGUCAAAAAAAAUUUUAUAUCGACCACAUCCAUAGUAAUAACACAUGUUAUUCACUUGCAGGUUUUCAAAAAUGUACCCACGUUAACUUUUAAUAACAGUAUGUUAAUGUAUAAAAUUGACAAUAUUAUUACCAUUAUAACUACCCGGUAUACAGUAGCUGGCUCUAAUUGGAAUACAAAUUACACAGUUUACAGUGUUGUUUCCAAUAUUCUUUGGAGUCCAUCCAAAUUAAACUGGAGGCAUUUUACAAAUAUGACACAAAUAAACAGACUGGAAAUGCUCAGAACAUCAGAAUAGAAAAUUUAGGGGGUUUAUUUUUACAGUAGGAAUUUGUGGGCUACUGCCAGUUGCACUUUUCAGAAAAGUUAAGUACCUUGCUAACAUUUAAACAGGGAACAUUUUGUUCAGUAUAACAUUGCGAUUUGCUAUGCAAAUUUCAGAGAUCGCCACACAAUUCUAAACAUUAAUUAGUAGUUGCCACUCAAUUUUCAAAGGAUCACAGAUUGUCAUAAAUCAAAAUUUUGAAAUGUUCCUUAUUAAGACAUUAUGAAAAUGUUCAAUAGUUCAAUAAAUUAUUACGGUAUGUAGAAUUAUAAAAUUAAGUUUAUCAACAACCUUGCUACAGAUUGGGUUCGACAGAAAUUUAGUAAAUAAGCAGUUGAAACUAAAAUAACACCUUAACAAAAUUACUAAAUAUUUUAAUAUUUCUUUUUGUCUUUAAUAUAUUUUAAAUUUACAAAAGGCCUGAUAACUAGAAGGUUGAUUGUACUUCACUUAAACAACUAAGGACUGAUUAGAAACAAGUAACAAUAAUUCAUAUCAGUGCAUGAUGGGUAUGUAGUCGUCAGAAUUCCUAAUUGUUGAGGUGACAUUUAGGAUCACAGUUGGUGCAAAGUAAAAUGUAUGACCAGUGACAUAUUAAAAGAUUGUUAACCAUUUUGUAUGGGUUUUUUAAAGUUUGUAAAUAUUGUAUAUUUAUUGUCGCUUUUCCUAAUGGAAUGGUGAAUGAAUUGUUUUACCGGUUAGUAUAAUAUUUUAGGACCGUCAGAAUGUGUGUAUAUAUUGAUGAAACUAUCUUCAGUAUAACAAACUAAUAACCAUGUUUCAUGGGAAUUUAGUUUGUUGAACAGUGAACGGAACAGUUUGAGGUAGUUUUAUAAAACUUGAAAAGGUGACCAAUAAGUUGUGGAAGCCAAAUCAUUGCAAAUAAGAUGCAGUCAUCUUGUCUUUUUAUGAAAUCAAAGGUUUACAGAAAUUUAAAAAUACUACGGUACUGUUUUAUUCUAUAGAUGGAUUUGUUAUAAACAAAUAUAUUUACACUGUGUAUAAAAACAAUAAUUAUGUGUUGAACAUUUUUGCUUUAUAUAUAGUGUACUUGUGAGCAAGUAUAGUAGGUUUGCAUCAAAAAGGAACCAUUAAUUGGCAUGUAACUACAAUGAAUUAAGUUAAAAUACAUAUUUUAAAAAUUAUAUUAUUUUAAACCCAUAGCAACUCAAUUAACAUUUUUUUUAAAAUCCAUUUAAACUAGUUUCUUUACAUAAGUUAAAUCUCCCAUUUUUAUACAGGCAACUGAUGAAACA